AUGGGCAAUGACUGGAGCCGGACGGUUCAGAGCGUGAAAGACGAGCAUCACCUGCUGCUGGAUCUCUGCAAAUUGCCCCUGUCCAGCGACUCGGCCGAUCGGACCGUCACCUUUGAAUUUAUCAACCGUGCCAUGUCCCUCGUCACCUCCGUGAACAAGCAGACGAUGAAGCUCCCACGUCGUGUCCCCUGGAGAGACGUCCGAAAAGAUGAAUUGUUCAGUCGCCUUAAGGAGGACUUCCUUGAUCUCAGUUUGGAAGCCGACAGUUUCUUGCGGAACUUGAUCACCAUCAUCAAGGGCCUGAAGGAAGAGCUUAAUCAGCUCUUGAACGCCCUCCUCGACUGGACGCCGUCACGGCGCGGGAAAGGGAUGAUACAGGAGAAACUGAGGCGAUUCCGAUCGGUAAAAAAAUUCAGUGACCAGUUUCUGCAGUCGCUCCAAGGCCUGGUGAAGCAACACCAAGGCAUGGUGGAGAAGAUUAGGCGUCAAGAGGCCUUGCUGGAGAGGAAGAUCAAAACAGUGGCAUGGCUCAAGACUGUCAUCUUCACUAUUUUUGCAAGUUUCUUUGCUGCUGCCGUCAUCUGUUCGAUCGUAGCCGCUGCGAUGCAUGCUGGCCCGUUGUUGGCGAGCUUUGCUGCGGCGGCGACGUCGGUGGCGAGUUGGGGCCCGUUGGUCAAGUGGGUGGAGGAGCUGGGGGGGAAAAGAUUGGAGAAGUUGCACUUGGAGAAGAGCCUCUGUGCCAUGCGGCAGGAUGCGGAGGCCGACAAAGAGCGUGUGCUGCGUGAGUUAGAGCCCAUCUGCUCGUUGGUUAACGAGUUGAGACAGAGGCUGGAAGACGUACGCUCUACCGAGGUGGAGCUCCAAUCGACGAAGGAGAGCCUCCAGGAAGAGUUACUUCUGGUGAUCGGCCGUGUCAAUGAUUCGAUAAAGAAACUUGAGGAGUGCCAGAAAGAAGUCGAACGCAGGAGAGGCAAGUUCUUGAAGCGGAUUGCAGGAGGGAGCGACUGUGGCCAGUGCAGCAAAAAUAAAAGAAGUACCUUGCCUUUCGGGCGAGGGUGA